AUGUCAGACACAGAUUCUGGAGCAGUACCCGAUGUGGACUCGGAAGACCCAUGUGCCAUCUCCAAUGAUGAUUCCAGACAAGGAUUGAGGAUCGGUGCUAUAUUCAUCAUCCUGGUUACUUCCUUGUUGGGUACAUUGACCCCAAUCGUAUUCAGACAAUCUGAACGUAUACCUACACCCGUUUUUGAUUUCGCAAAGUAUUUCGGUUCAGGUGUAAUCAUAGCUACUGCUUUCAUACAUCUUCUGGCACCUGCUUGGGACGAAUUGACUUCUGAAUGUCUCUCUGGAGCCUGGACUGACUAUGACUGGGCACCAGCCAUUGCCAUGGCAGCUGUGUACGGUAUCUUCUUCGCUGAAGUAGCCGCGUACAGGAUCGGUACCAAGAGAUUGGAGAAGCUCGGUGUUCACUACAGUUCUCACGCCCAAGAUAAUACCGAUGCUCAUUCUCAUAACCACGCCCGUGACCCUCCUCUUUCCGUGGAUACCUCGGCCGCUGCUCCUCCUCACCAUAUUCACCCUUCCGCAUCUAACAUCCGAGCCAAUGAAGACAUAGACCCUCAAUUGCAAUCCGCUUCCGAGAAACAAUACCGAAAGGCCGACCUCGAGUCUAGCUCAGACAUCGAUACAGUCAAUCAAUUGCCAAGCUCUGCUGAAGCUGCUGCUCAAUUGGUCGCUGUUGCCGUACUCGAAUUCGGUGUGGUAUUGCACAGUGUUAUUAUCGGUCUCACUCUUGGUGUCACUGAUGAUUUCACUACCUUGUUCAUCGUUAUCAUCUUCCAUCAAAUGUUCGAAGGUUUAGGUUUGGGCUCUCGACUCGCUUCGCUCAAUCUACCUAAGAACCUAGGUUACACCCGAUGGGUCGCUGCUGCACUUUACUCGAUCUGUACACCCAUCGGUAUAGCUAUCGGUAUCGGUGCUCGAAACAGUUACAAUGGUAAUGGUGCUACUGCCAAUAUCGUUUCGGGUGUCUUGGAUGCUACUUCAGCUGGUAUUCUCCUGUACACUGGUUUGGUCGAACUGAUGGCUCAUGAGAUUUUACUCAACCCAAGAAUGAUGAAGUCCAGAGAUCUCAAAUUGGCUUACAUCUUCGUCUGUAUGCUUCUGGGUUCAGGUCUUAUGGCUUUACUUGGUAGAUGGGCGUGA